GAGAGAGAGAGAGAGAGAGAGAGAUUCGUACGUAUAAACCUUGUUCCUCCCAGACAGACAGCCUUUUGUUUCGAGCAUGGUUUCUUGUUAGAGCUCUCUCUAUAAUUAGUAUCGAUCUCUUGAGUCUUGAUCAACUUUCCUCGAACGCGUACACAUAGGAACAUGAAGAACUUGUCUCUUGGAGCCCACGCUUCUUUCCUAGUUUUGAUCUUCUCCAUGGUACUAACUGGUAGCAGAGGCCUUCGAAUCACUCAUCCAUUCAGUUUAGGCGAAAAAGGCAGGAGUAUUGGAGACCAAGGUCAUCUCUCCUCUAAGGAAGAAGGAAAAGAAGAAGUUGGGAUGGAACUGUACCCAACGGGCGGUUCAAGCUUGCCGGACUGUUCCCAUGCGUGUGGGCCGUGCUUUCCAUGCAAGAGGGUGAUUGUGAGCUUCAAGUGCUCCACAGAGGCAUGCCCAAUUGUUUACAGAUGCAUGUGUAAGGGAAAAUACUACCAUGUUCCUUCCAACUGAUCAUCUAACCACAUGCAACCAAUGCAGUGGAUAAUUGGGAAAUCCAUCUUUAAUUAUAUAUUGAAAUCAAGCAUUAACAUGAUUGUCAAAUUGUGGCCGUGGAUGAUCAUUUUAUGUAGUUUUUUUUUUUUUUUGGAAGUAGGCAGGCAGGCAUGUUGAUGUAGUCUUAUAUAUCCAUGGCAUAGACUCAAUAUUUAUAUGCACAAAGAGGGAUUGAGGUAAGAAAUUGCAGGGAAAAGUUUGAAA